AUUCGCCUUCACCCACUAUCACUGUUUCGUGUACAAGCAAGAUAUUAGAUCUCAAAGAUCAUUAUAUAACUAAUAUCUCUUUCCUUUUUAUGUGUUUUUUUGGCUUCUUUUCGGACAUAUGAAUAUGGGUUUUGCAGUUUGUUCUCUCUUUGUUAUUUUUUCUCAGUUAUUUAUUAGUCUGUGGAUCAGCAAUGUGACUUGUGCUAUGAACAUUAGCAGCAGUGCCAAUUUUACAACUUACACCGAGUUCCUUCUAGCCAAUGGGAUUGCUCAAACUCCACCAAUGGGGUGGAACAGCUGGAAUCAUUAUCAAUGCAAUAUAGAUGAGAGGAUUGUGAAGACUACUGCAGAUGCACUUGUUGCAACUGGUUUGGCUGCACUUGGAUACAAAUAUGUAAACAUUGAGUUAAUAAGUUGUGGAAAAGCAGAUGACUGUUGGGCAGAAGCAGAAAGAGACUGGAGGGGUAAUUUAGUGGCGAAAUCCUCCACAUUCCCUUCUGGAAUCAAGGCCCUUGCCAAUUAUGUUCAUGCAAGGGGUUUAAGACUUGGAAUAUAUUCUGAUGCUGGUUAUAGAACCUGCAGUAGGACAAUGCCUGGCUCUCUUGGGCAUGAAGAACAAGAUGCAAGAACCUUUGCCCAAUGGGGGAUUGAUUACUUGAAGUAUGAUAACUGCUAUAAUGAUGGUUCCAAACCUCAAGAAAGAUAUGCUAAGAUGAGUUAUGCAUUGCGUAGGGCUGGCCGCCCAAUUCUUUACUCCGUAUGUGAAUGGGGAGAAGACAAUCCCGCAAUAUGGGCCGGUGUGUAUGGUAAUACUUGGAGAACUACAGGGGAUAUUGCAGACAAGUGGGAAAGAAUCAUAUCGAUUGCUGAUGAAAACAAUGUUUGGGGAAGAUAUGCUGGACCUGGCAGGUGGAAUGACCCUGACAUGUUGGAAGUGGGUAACGGUGGGAUGAGCCUCGAGGAAUACCGUUCACAUUUCAGUAUUUGGGCACUCAUGAAAGCUCCAUUGCUAAUCGGAUGUGAUAUUCAAACUGCAAGCAGAGAGACUCUUAGAAUUCUCAGAAACAAAGAGGUGAUAGAUGUUAAUCAGGAUUCAAUGGGUGCCCAAGGGAGGAAAAUACGAUCUUAUGCUGGCCUAGAGAUUUGGGCAGGGCCAUUAUCAAAAAGAAGAGUUGUCGUCGUGUUAUGGAAUAGAAGCAACUCUCAGGCUCCCAUAUCAGUUAGUUGGAGAGAAACUGGACUUUCUCCAUCAGCUCAUGUUAUUGUUAGAGACUUGUGGGAGCAUUCAUUUAUUUCAAUGAAAAAAAGUGGUGGAUUGACUGCAAAUGUUGCACCUCAUGCUUGCAAGAUGUAUAUUCUUACCCCAGUCUAGAAAAUGUUACCAUUUCCUGGGAGUUUCGAGUCUUUCAACACUAAGCUUAUGUUUCUGAUAUAUGAUUAAUGUCUUGUUAUUUAUGUGUGUCACCAAAAGUUGUGAAGUGUUGAAUUUGAGUGCUUCUUUCUCCAGUCAAAGAAAGACUUGAAUUUUCUUCCUAUGCAUUACUCGAGUGGAUGGUGAUGUUAACCAUUGCAGAAUUCAUCCAACCAAGGACCUCUUAUGUAUUGUAAUUUCUUCAUGAAUGGAGUGAUUUAUUUGGAUAA